AUGACGCUAGGGCUGCAGGGACGGGGAUGUCCUGAUGGCCGGGAGCCCCCCGGGAGCAGGCGGGGCAGGCGGCUGGGGCUGAGCGCUGCACCCGAAGCCAUCGGCAUCAACCUGCCGCUCGCGCUCCAGCCGCUCUCAAGCAAGGCCCUGGCCCUGCGUCACGCCGGCGUGCAGGGCUGGGCCCCGCGUGCUCGCUGCGUGCGCCCUGCUGCUCCUCAGAGCCUGCGGCACGAGUUCGUGGAGAGCUGCGCGACGCUGGCGCUGCGCUGCAAGCCCGACAAGUGGGCCAAGCUGGUGGGCAGCGAGGAGGGCAGCGCCACGCUCGCCGAGUUCUUCGACAAGCAGGACGUGCUGGCGCUGGUGCUGAGCCUGAGCCCCGCCGGGCAGCUGGUGCCCUGCCUCGACUUCCCGCCCGCCCUCAAGGGCAAGGGCAUCUACUUCGUGAAGAAGAAGAGGGAGAACAUCACCCGCGACAACUGCCGCGCGGGGCUGCUGGUGGGGGACCUGGGGCCCUCGCCCGUGGAGCAGCUGAUCGCCGCGGUGGAGGAGGUCGUCUACUCGCUGUUCCUGAAGGAGGGGAACCUGAGCGGGUGGCCCCACGUGGUCUCCGAGGACGUGGUGAAGCAGGCCCACCGGCUGAAGAACGAGAUGUUCGUCAUGGGGGGCAAGAUCCAAGGGAAGACGCUGCUCCCCCUCCCUGAGCACCUGGAGGAUCUGGACGGCUCCUGCACGCUGCUGGGCAGUCUCCCCGCCGCACUGGACAGCUCCUUGCUGCACAGCAUCGAGACCACCAUCAUCGACUGGUCCCACCAGAUCCGGGACGUCCUGAACAAGGACUCGGCGCAGCCCUUGCUGGACGGCUCCAACCCGCUGCCCAGGGUGGAGUUCGACUUCUGGCGCACCCGGCUGAGGAACCUGGGGUGCAUCCACGAGCAGCUGCUCUCUGCGCGCGUGACCAUGAUCACCGACGUGCUGAAGAAGGCGAAGAGCUGCUACUGGCCGGCGCUCAAGGCUGUUUUCAAGGAUGUCAACGCAGGGCUGAAGGAAGCCAGUGACAUCGACCUGUACCUGAAGCCGCUCCGGGUGCUGCUGGAGGAAAUGGAGCAAGUGGACUAUGCCCAGCUGCCACCCUACAUCGACCAGGUGCUGUACACGGUCUGCCUGGUGUGGGCCAACUCUGGGCGCUACAGCACGCCCUCCCGCAUCAUCGUCAUCCUGCAGGAGAUCUGCAACCUCUUCAUCGAGCUGACCCGGAACUUCCUGAGCCCGGAGGAGGUGAUGAAGGGCCUGCAGGGCGAGAUCGAGGAGAUCCUGGGCGGGAUCAGGCUGAGCAUCACCGUCAUCGAGAAGCUGUACCGGACCUACGACGCCUGCUGCUCGGAUGCCAUGCCCGCCUUCUUCCAGGACAAGGAGCCGCGGCUCUGGGAGUUCCCCUCCUCUCUCGUGUUUGGCAGGAUGGACUCGUUCCUGCACCGGCUGAAGACCAUCGAGCCUCCGUCCAGCCCUGGCCGGUUGCUGCUACCAGCCCGGUACGGCGAGGCCCACGCUGGCUACGGGGACGACGCGGCUCUUUCUGCCCGGCAGGAGCUGUACGUGACGGCCGUGGAAUUCCUGAAGCUGGAGAAGAUCGAGCUGGGCGGCGUGCGAGGAAACAUCCUCGGGAAUAUGGUGUUUCAGAUUUACGAGGAGGUCUCCGAGCUCGUCAAGGUGUUUGCUGACUGCAAAUACGAUCCCUUGGAUCCUGCGGAAGAGCAAUUUGAUGUGGACUUUACGGAGUUCCAGACCAAAGUCCAGGACCUGGACAGGAGGCUGGCGACCAUCUUCUGCCAAGGAUUCGGUGACUGCAACAGUUUUGAGUCUGCUGUGAAGCUCGUCCACAUGUUCGCAUCCCUCCUGGACCGACCUCUGAUCAAGACAGAAGCAUCUCCUCGCUACUUGACCCUGCUGGAAAUGUUAAAUGUUGAACUGGACAAUGCCAAGGUCACGUACGAUGCCCAGGUAGUGGCCGCCCAGUCGAGCAGAGGCGCUCUGCCCAUCAACAAGAACAUGCCCCCUGUCGCCGGGCACCUGAAGUGGGCUCUGGAGCUCCAAGAGAGGCUGGAUGUGCAGAUGAGGGAGCUGCAAGCCAUCACUCACCCCAUCAUGGCCAGCGCUGAGGCGAAGCUGGUGCACGAGAAGUACAGGGAGAUGAUACGUCUGCUGCAGAAUUACCGCGACCAGACCUACGAGGAGUGGAUAGGCCAGGUGGAUGCCGACUGCCAGUUCAACCUGGAGCAGCCUUUGCUGCAGAGGGAUCUGGACUCCAUGCUCCUAAGGGUCAACUUCAGCCAGAAGCUCGUUGCUGUUCUCCGGGAAGUCAAGUACUUGAAUUUCCAGCAGCAGAAGGAUAUUCCGGAGAGUGCCGAGAGCCUCUUUGCUCGCAGCGAGACUUUCCGCAAGUUCGUGGACAACUUGGAUCUCAUCGUGGGUUGGUACAACAAGAUCAGGUUGACGGUGCUGCCGGUUGAACUUCCUCUGAUAAAGGAGGAGCUGGAGGAGACGGACGCCAAGCUGAAGACGGCCGAAACCACGCUGUUCUGGAGCAGCGAAGGGGCUAUGGAGUACAUCCAGGAGAUGAGAGAUGGUUUAUACAACUUAGGGACGAGAAUCCAGAAAACGAAGCUAAACGUAGAGAACGUUGUCCAGCUCAUGCAGGACUGGGCCGCCAGCCCUUUGUUUGAAAGGAAGGACAACAAGGAGAUGGCCCUCUUGGACCUGGAUGGGAAGGCGAGCAACUUAACCAAGCGCUACGCAGCCAUUCAGGACGUAGGGCUGAAGAUUCAGGCCAUGCUGACGGAGAACACAGACUUAUUCAAGGCUGACAGCACGUCCCGGACGUGGCUGAACUACGUGGAGUACGUGGAUGACGCGGUCCUGGACGGGUUCUUCCGGUUCGUCCACAACUCGCUCCAGUUCCUGCUCACCAACAUGGCACCAGGGGCCAACGUCGCGCCACUGUUUGAGGUGCGCCUGGAGCUGUACGGAGACGACCUGCGCUACCGCCCGUCCCUGGAGGUGGGGGCAGAGAACGGCUUCCUGGAGCUGGUGGAAAGUCUCACGAAUGACAUCUAUGAAGCGGCCAGGUUCAUCCCCCGCCUGGCCCACGGCAAGCAGAACUACAAGAGCAACCUGGAGGACAUGUCGGACCUGCUGGAGAUGCGGGAGGAGGUGGCGUCCCUGGCCAUCAGCACCAUGAAGCAGGGGGAGGAGUACGAGGACUCCUUCGAGAAGUACAGCUACCUGUGGAUGGACAACCCCCGCGACUUCAUGCAGCAGUUCCUCACGUUCGGGCGCGGGCUGACACUCGAGGAGCUGGAGUCCCACGCGGAGGAGUACCUGCCGCACGCCCCACCGCCCCUGCAGCAGUUCCAGCUGCAGAUCAAUCUGUACGAGAAGCUGUACGAGGAGGUGUCCAAGUUCGAGAACAUGAAGGUGUUCAGCGGCUGGCUGCAGAGCGACUGCCGCCCCUUCAAGCAGGCGCUCCUCAACACCGUCAAGCGCUGGAGUCUCAUGUUCAAGCAGCACCUGGUCGACCACGUCACAACCAGCCUCCAGGACCUAGCAGAUUUCAUGAAGGAAGUGAACGCGGGCCUGACUAAGCCCCUGAAGGAAGGUGACUAUGACGGGCUGGUGGAGGUGAUGGGACACCUGAUGAGGGUCAAAGACCGGCAGGCAGCCACAGACCACAUGUUUGAGCCCCUGAAGCAAACCAUCGAACUCCUCAAGACCUACGGGGAAGAGAUGCCGGAGGAAAUCCACAUGCAGCUGCACGAGCUGCCGGAGCAGUGGAACAACACCAAGAAGCUGUCCUUCCAGGUGAAGCAGAACGUGGCCCCGCUGCAGGCUAACGAGGUCUCCAUCAUCCGCAGGAAGUGCCAGCAGUUCGAGGUGCGGCAGCACGAGUUCAGGGAGAAGUUCAGAGAAGAGGCCCCCUUCACUUUUACGGAUCCGGAUCCAUACCAGUCCUUGAACAAGCAACAGAAGAGCAUCACCGCAAUGGAGAGCAACAUGGAAGCCCUGGCCAAGUCCGCCGGGCUCUUUGAAGUGUCCAUCCCAGACUAUAAGCAGCUCAAAGCAUGCCACAAAGAAGUGCGUUUGCUCAAGGAGCUCUGGGAUAUGAUUGUCUUGGUGACCGCGAGCAUCGACGACUGGAAGACGACCAAGUGGAAAGACAUCAACGUGGAGCAGAUGGACAUCGAUUCAAAGAAGUUCGCGAAGGACAUCAGGAGCCUGGACAAAGAGAUGAGGAGCUGGGAUGUGUUCAUCGGGCUGGAUAACACCGUGAAGAACAUGAUCACCUCCCUGCGGGCCGUGAACGAGCUGCAGAACCCCGCCAUCCGGGACCGGCAUUGGCACGAGCUCAUGCAAGCGACCAAGGUGAACUUCACCAUGUCAGACGAGACGACCCUGGCUGACUUGCUGCAGCUGAAUCUCCACAAGUUUGAAGAUGAAGUUCGCAGCAUUGUAGACAAAGCAGUGAAGGAGUCGGGGAUGGAGAAGGUGCUGAAGUCCCUGGACAGUACGUGGUCCACCAUGCAGUUCGAGCACGAGCCUCACACCAGAACAGGCACCAUGCUGCUCCGGUCCGACGAGGUGCUUGUAGAGACCUUGGAAGACAACCAGGUGCAACUGCAGAACCUGAUGACCUCCAAGUACCUGGCUCACUUCCUGAAGGAGGUGUCGAGCUGGCAGCGGAAAUUAUCGACGGCCGACUCCGUCAUAAGCAUCUGGUUUGAGGUGCAGAGAACGUGGAGCCAUCUGGAGAGCAUCUUCAUCGGCUCCGAAGACAUCCGGAAGCAGCUGCCAGACGACUCCAAGCGGUUUGAUUUGAUCGAUAAAGAUUUCAAAGAAUUAAUGGCCGACGCCAUAAAAAUCCCUAAUGUGAUUGAGGCAACAAACAAACCAGGGCUCUAUGAAAAGCUGGAAGCCCUACAGAAAAGCCUGGCACUGUGCGAAAAGGCUUUGGCCGAGUACCUGGAGACCAAGCGCCUGGCUUUUCCCAGGUUCUACUUUGUUUCGUCUGCAGACCUGCUGGACAUUUUAUCAAAUGGAAAUGAGCCUGUUGAGGUGGGCCGGCACCUGGCCAAGCUGUUUGACAGCAUCGCAAAACUCAAGUUCAAAAUGGACCCAAACGACAAGCCCCUGAAGGUCAGCGUGGGGAUGUACAGCAAGGAGGACGAGUACGUGGACUUCGACAAGGACUGCGACUGCUCCGGGCAGGUGGAGAUGUGGCUGAAUCGCGUGCUGGAGAGGAUGCGCGCCACGCUGCGCCAUCUCAUCCCCGAGGCCGUGGUGACGUACGAGGAGAAGCCGCGUGAGCAGUGGCUGUUCGACUACCCCGCGCAGAUUGCUCUAACCUGCACCCAGAUCUGGUGGACGACAGAGGUCGGCAUCGCCUUCUCCAGGCUGGAGGAGGGUUACGAGAACGCGAUCAAAGACUACAACAAGAAGCAGAUCAGCCAGCUCAACGCCCUGAUUACGCUGCUCCUCGGCAGCCUGUCCUCGGGCGACAGGAUGAAGAUCAUGACGAUCUGCACCAUUGACGUACACGCCCGAGACGUCGUGGCCAAAAUGAUCACGGCCAAGGUGGAGAGCUCCCAGGCCUUCACAUGGCAGUCGCAGCUGCGGCACCGCUGGGACGAGGACAAGCGGCACUGCUACGCCAACAUCUGUGACGCCCAGCUGCAGUAUUCCUACGAGUACCUGGGCAACACGCCCCGGCUGGUCAUCACUCCGCUCACAGACCGGUGCUACAUCACGUUGACGCAGUCCCUGCACCUGAUCAUGGGCGGCGCCCCAGCGGGCCCCGCCGGCACCGGGAAGACAGAGACCACCAAGGACCUGGGCCGUGCUAUCGGGACCAUGGUGUACGUCUUCAACUGCUCCGAGCAGAUGGACUACAAGUCGUGCGGGAACAUCUACAAGGGGCUGGCGCAGACGGGCGCCUGGGGCUGCUUCGACGAGUUCAACCGCAUCUCGGUGGAGGUCCUGUCCGUGAUUGCCGUGCAGGUGAAAUGCGUCCAAGACGCCAUCCGGGCCAAGAAGACCACGUUCAGCUUCCUCGGCGAGAUGAUCGCCCUCGUCCCCACCGUCGGGCUCUUCAUCACCAUGAACCCAGGCUACGCCGGGCGGACCGAGCUGCCCGAAAACCUGAAGGCUCUGUUCAGGCCCUGUGCCAUGGUGGUGCCCGACUUCGAGCUCAUCUGUGAGAUCAUGCUGGUGGCAGAAGGCUUUCUCGAUGCCAAACUUCUAGCAAGGAAGUUCAUUACUCUCUACACCCUGUGCAAGGAGCUGCUUUCCAAACAGGACCAUUAUGACUGGGGCUUGCGGGCCAUCAAGUCAGUGCUGGUUGUGGCCGGCUCCUUGAAGAGAGGGGACCCCGGCCGCGCGGAGGACCAGGUCCUCAUGAGAGCUCUGCGGGACUUCAACAUCCCCAAGAUAGUGACGGACGACCUGCCUGUGUUCAUGGGGCUUAUCGGGGACCUCUUCCCAGCGCUGGACGUCCCCAGAAAGCGGGAUCUCAACUUUGAGAAGGUCAUCAAGCAGUCCAUCCUGGAGCUGCGGCUGCAGGCGGAGGAGAGCUUCGUGCUGAAGGUGGUGCAGCUGGAGGAGCUGCUGCAAGUGCGGCACUCAGUGUUCGUCAUUGGCAACGCGGGCUGCGGCAAGUCGCAGGUCCUGAAGUCCCUGAACAAGACGUACCAGACCAUGAAGAGGAGGCCCGUGGCCGUGGACCUGGACCCCAAAGCCGUGACCUGCGACGAGCUCUUUGGAAUCAUUCACCCGGCGACCAGGGAAUGGAAAGACGCCACUCUGUGCCGGACAGGUCUGUUCUCCACCACGAUGCGAGACCUGGCUAACAUCACGCACAAGGGCCCCAAGUGGAUCGUUCUGGAUGGGGACAUCGACCCCAUGUGGAUCGAGUCUCUGAACACCGUCAUGGACGACAACAAGGUCCUCACCUUGGCAAGCAACGAGCGCAUCCCCCUGAACCCCACCAUGAGACUGCUGUUCGAGAUCAGCCACCUGCGGACGGCAACGCCUGCCACCGUGUCCAGGGCCGGCAUCCUCUACAUCAACCCCGCGGACCUGGGCUGGAACCCCGUGGUGAGCAGCUGGAUUGAGAAGCGCACGGUGCAGUCCGAGAAAGCCAACCUGAUGAUCCUGUUUGAUAAAUACCUGCCCACGUGCCUGGAGAAGCUGAAGUUUGGGUUCAAGAAGAUCACGCCAGUGCCUGAGGUUACGGUGAUCCAGACCCUCCUGUAUCUGCUCGAAUGUCUCCUGACUCCGGCCAACGCGCCCCCGGACUCCCCCAAGGAGCUCUACGAGCUCUACUUCGUGUUUGCCUGUUUCUGGUCGUUCGGAGGAGCCAUGUUCCAAGACCAGCUCGUGGACUAUCGUGUGGAGUUCAGCAGAUGGUGGGUGAACGAAUUUAAAACCAUCAAGUUUCCUUCUCAGGGGACUAUUUUUGACUAUUUCAUUGAUCCUGACACAAAGAAAUUUUUGCCGUGGACUGAAAGAGUGCCCAAAUUUGAACUGGAUCCAGAAAUCCCAUUACAAGCCUCCAUGGUGCACACGACAGAGACCAUCCGGAUCCGCUACUUCAUGGACCUGCUGAUGGCGAGGAAGUGGCCCGUGAUGCUGGUGGGGAAUGCGGGCACGGGGAAGUCGGUCCUGAUGGGGAACAAGCUGGAGGCGCUCAACACCGACGACUACCUGGUGCAGUCCGUGCCCUUCAACUUCUACACAACCUCGGCCAUGCUGCAGGCGAUACUCGAGAAGCCCCUGGAGAAGAAGUCGGGGAGGAACUUCGGGCCCCCGGGCACCAAGAAGCUCAUCUACUUCAUAGACGACAUGAACAUGCCGGAGGUCGACAAGUACGGCACGGUGGCGCCUCACACACUGAUCAGGCAGCACAUGGACCACGGGCACUGGUAUGACCGGAACAAGCUGACCCUAAAGGACAUCCACAACUGCCAGUACGUGGCCUGCAUGAACCCGACUGCCGGGUCGUUCACCAUCGACUCCAGGCUGCAGCGACACUUCUGCGUGUUUGCCGUGAGCUUCCCUGGGCAGGAUGCGCUCAUGACCAUCUACAGCACCAUCCUGGCCCAGCACCUGGCCAUCCAGAAGGUCUCGCCAGUGGUGCAGAAGAUCCAGGCCCAGCUGGUUGCAGGAGCCUUGGGUAAGCGCCCGGGAGGGCAGCGUUUCUCAGGGCAGAGGUUGGCCCUGCACGCACAGGGCACGCUUUGCACGGGGCCCAGCUGCCUGGGUGUGCAGCUGGGGCUGGCAGGGCCUUCUGCGCCCCGCUCUGGGAGCCUCAACCUGGUUGUACGUGUGACGCUGCCGGUGCUGCAGUGACCUCCUGGCGCCCGGUGGAGGAGCGCGUAAGACAAUGCCACCAGCUCCCGCUUUAGUCAGAACUCAUUACACUUGAAAGCUGAUCAGUCGCACUCAUUAGCACCUCACGUUCCUGCAGCACAAACAAUGCAGCAGUCUUAGGAAUGACGAGCCGAUCAAAUCGUCCUUCUGCUCAGCUCUUUUCCAGAGCGUCUCCCUGCGUUGCUGCUCCCUGCUUGUGACGUUUCUGCUGGGCUGUAACACAGGCUGCGUCUCAGCUUCAGUUCCAGCUUCCUUUCCAGCGCCUCGAAGCCAAGCCAGUCAUUGCCAUUUGGGCUAAAAGUGCCCGAGUUUGUCCCCACCUAAGAGGAUCACUUGCUAAGUCUGAGCAGAGCUGGUUCUGCUGUCUGGGGCUUCGGCACGAACAACGUUGGUGCUCAGACUGCUCAGCCUUGCAGCUGAACGUGGUGAAACUAAGGUUGCAGCUCGGGCUUGUUUGAGAACCCGGAGAGAGGAGAGAACAUUAAGCUCGGUCUGGAGAAGAGCCGUGCCAUCCUUUCAGGCACCUGGCUGCUACCGGGCGCCUGCUCUAACGCGCGCUGUAUUUUCCCCGAAACAGCCUUACAUCAGAAGGUGACCACGACCUUCCUGCCCACAGCCAUCAAAUUUCACUACCUGUUCAACCUCCGGGACCUCUCCAACAUAUUCCAGGUGGUGACCG